CAUGUAUCUGCUUGGUUUGUCAGGCCUUUCAAGGGAAAAGAAACUACAAGGAAUUAAUUACUCUUCUUUUGAAAAUUCUGGUCGAUUUAUAUGUCUACUGAGCGUAUUCCACUGAACUUUCGAUGUUGAUGGUCGAUAACAUCUAUCAAAAUGGUAAUGUUUUCCUUAGCACUGUCCGCGUCAUGGAUGGGUGGACGCGCGACGGCUUAGCGGCAUUCUAACAAUCCUUCCAGUGUUAUUUUCAUUACCGCGGUGUAUGGAAGUUCACCAUCUCUCUGGUCUCACCGGUUAAUUUUAGAGGUCGUAUGAUCGCAACAGGUAAAACAAACGAUUUACCUAAGCACUGAACCUGUUGCUGGCAAUUUCAAAAGAUAAUGAAACGGACACGUAUGGUUAGGCUGUACACACUGUCACUCUUCCAUUGCUGGGUGUCAGUUGUGACUUCUGCGAUCGUUAACACGACAUUUGGUCCCAUUAACGGAUCUGUGGUAUCGCUGCAAACGAACAAAACUGUUACAAAGUACUUAGGCAUUCCAUAUGCCAGGGCAGAACGUUUUGAAUAUCCAGUGCCACUGGAGAGAUGGAACACUCUCCUUCAAGCGAACAAGAUCGACAAGAUUUGUCCACAACUAAAUCUUCCGCUGCAUAAACAACGUCUUGUCGAUGAGAAUUGUCUUUUACUCAAUGUAUAUGUCCCUGCUAACGUAUCACAACAUUCUUCUCUCCCUGUGAUGUUUUGGAUCCACGGAGGUGCCUUCUCUUUGGGUGAUACACUCGCUUACGACGGCAGCGUUUUGGCAACUGAAGGUAACGUGAUCGUUGUCACGGUCGGCUAUCGUUUGGGUGUUUUGGGAUUUUUGAGUGCAAACGACGACAAUCUAAAAGGCAACUACGGUCUAAUGGACCAGCUAGAGGCCUUAAAGUGGGUUAACCAAAAUAUUGCAAGGUAGGAAUGUGAUAUUUGUUAUUUAUUUUUUUCCUCAUAUCGGUAUGUAUAGUAUUAUGCAAAUUGUUUACCGUUUGGUGCGCCAAAACCCUAUUUAUCCCUGUGAUCAAAAAACUAUGGAUUGUUGGCAAGGCGUGGGGACUUUGGACUUAAAUCACAGCGAAACUUUAAUAAUCGUAAUUCUGAUGCUAUGCAGGGAUAAUUUCCAAGUUACGACAUUUUGGGAAUCAAACAAAUUAAUCAUAUUUCUUAAUUUGAAGAGUAACUGAAGCGGAUUAAGUACUUUCGUGACCUACCAUGUGACGAGUGUUAUGAUUGCGGCUUGAGGGCAGUCUUUAAUUGUCUCCAGGUGUCCAUCGGAGAUGUAUACUUUCGGCAUUUACGGCUCUUCGUAGUUCGGACAUAAAAGUAACUGCGCCUUAGAAGAACGGAUUGAACGGCUUCUAAGACUUAAAUGAAAAAAAAUUAUUUUGAUAUGAUUACUAACAAGAACCAACAGAAUAUAAAAUGUUUACGCGCUAUAGCUAUAUCACAUUCAAAACAACAAAGUACUUCCUAAAACCGUAGAGUACCUGGUAAGGGAGAAAGGAUUUGUUACUUGCAGGUAGGGGCUGAGCAAGGAGGUUGUAAUAGGUAACCACCACCUCUAAGGUUCACUACUUUGCGGGAGAAGGAGGGGGGGGGGUAUUAUUGUUAAAACUGUGCGAUUCAAACUGACUACAGGAAAGCAAAAAGUCAGCUUCUGUGAACGUUCGUCCACGAACAUAUGAGGUGGUGAAUCAUACCUCAAUAAACUAAUCAGACUAAAAUCUGAGCAUGAAUAUGUUUGAUCAAUCAGGUUUGGAGGAGAUCCAAACAAAGUUACAUUAUUUGGUGGUUCAGCUGGAGGAACAUGUGUGUCGUUAUUAAUGUUAUCGCCAAUGGCUCAUGGUCUGUAUCAGAACAUCAUCAUGCAGAGUGGAAAUCCCGCAUCUCUUUCAUCGGCGAUGACCAAAAACGAGGCUUACCGAAGAGCAAGGUACUAGAACUGUCACAGUUAAAGGUUUGAGCCAAUAAAAACACUUGAAACGGUAAUAACCACUAAACGAAAGUUUUCGGCACCAGUGACUGACCUCACGACAACCCUAAUGGAGGUUAUUAUUUUAUUGUAAUAAAAUGACACGUUGGUCACCACCCUAAGGCGGUUAUGAGUUUAGUUCUUUAUUAGGAAAUACUCAACUGCCUCACACCCCCCUCCCUCCGUCCUCUUUCCCCCCCUGCACUCUUAAUUUCCCAUGAGAUGCUGGAUUGUAACCCCAUUCCUUCCCUUAUGGUUGAAAACUCACGCCCACACCCCAGCAGAAUGCCAAAUUCAUGAACAAUGCCCAUAUAUUCCACUUUUCUUCUAGGAGCUUCGCUAAUGCCGUUGGCUGUGAUGUGGAUUCCCUAAAAUUGUGUGCGAAGACGAAAAGUGUUCAGCAAUUGAUGGAUGCCCAAAUAAAAGUCUUUUCAACCCCAAUUUUGUUACCCUUCGGACCGGUGGUGGAUGGAUUUUUCUUACCAGGUAUUUGAUGCUGGUGUUAAACUCAACUUUGAGUGUUCCCACAAACAAAACAACAUCUAAAAAGUCUAUACAAUUCAUGUCACAGGCGAUAUUUAUAAGACGUAAUAAGUUAUGUUAUCACUCAUGUACAGAUUUACCAGCCAAAUUGCUUCAAGCCGGCAAGUUCAACAAGACUAAUAUCAUUGCUGGAGUGGCCCAAGAUGACGGCUCAAUUUUUGUCACUGGUGCGCCUGGUGGGUAUUCGGAUCUCCUUAAACUUUCAUACCAUAUUUUGAUAUAGCAUUUAGUUUUUAGAAUCACCUUCUUCCUGGCUGAACCAGUAAUGAAGAAGGUUGAAAAAGGCAUGUUUAUUAGUAAGAACCUGUUCAUGAAAGCUCAGUAAUCAGGCUGGCCCUUUAUCGAAGUGAAUUUUGCCUCCGGUUCUAACUGGAGAGUUCAUCCCGGGUAUUCAUAUCUGAAACAUCAACCCGCCUAACAAGAUGAUCAAAGCAGUCAGACUUCCGUUUUCCGGUAUCCAGCUGGACUAGGAUGUUUAUGUGGGAAAAUAUUCUAGCUUCUUAAUUUAUUUAUUCAUUAUUUAUGACUUCAUUUAUUUAUUUUAUGGUAUUUAUUUUGAUUUUCACCAUUUUUUCUACAUUAGAAAGAGUGUGAAGGUAAGAGUUCAGAUAUUGAGCUAGCCUGCCAAUAAGAAGUAGUUUAGCCACUGUGCUCUGUCUUAUAACUGUUUACCUACUUGUACUUUGACUAUCGUAGGCCACAUGCGACCUUUAUUAGUCAAUACUAAGCACACUUAUCGCUUUAAAAAAAAUCUUACAUACAAAGAAAUUAGACAAAAAAAACCGAGCACAUAAGUAUGGCUUAGGUGCAGUUUUUUCUCUUAACAUGUUUUAUUAAUUUAAAGGUGUUCUGAAAGGUCUUGAAGUUACGAACGGAAUGUCAAGAGCUCAAUUUGAAGAAACGAUACGCAACUGGACUUGGGUUCGUAAUCAAAACUCUCAAAUCUUGGAUUUGCUAAUCUACCAGUACACUGACUGGUCGAAUGCUUCUGAUCCUUAUGUGAUAAGACAGCAGUUCAUUGACAUUAACUCAGACGCAACAUUUAAAGCUCCGCUAUUAAAAGCAGUCAAGGCAUUCUCAAAGAAACAGGCACCCACCUACUUUUAUCAACUUGAAAAAGUACCAAAAACAUUUCCCGCGAUCCCGUUCCCGCUUCCUGCGUGGCUUGGAGUGUAUCAUCGCGCCGAUGUCUUAUACACAUUUGGAGAGCCUCUUGUUAUGACCGAGAAUCUUACGUCUCCUGACGACAUACAACUGAGUAAAGAUAUCAUGACCUUUUGGACUAAUUUUGCUAAAACAGGGUAAGUCAGAACAAGUCACUGGGUAUUAUAGAGAUUGAAAAGCCUCAUUUUAGGGAUGACUUACUACCAGAUGUUGAAAAUUUUAUUUUUAGAAACCAUAGACCACGCAAGAUUGGUAUCCAGAAUAGUUAAUGAUACAACUCACCGCAAUACAUUAUUUGCGUUGCCUCCGACCAGUGAUGCAAAGAGAAUUUUGUUUUUAUGGUUUUAGUCCAACAGCAACCAUACAGGAAAAAAAAAAGCUUUCGAUCGGUCUCCAAGUAACUAAUCUCCAAGGAAAGGCUUCUGGCUUUUUUCUUUCUUAUUUUGUGUUUUUCUUUUUUUCCGCUUGUUAGCUUGCGCUUAUCUCAUAUGUGGCUGACCAAACCAAUCUCAGAAUAUUUCAAAGGCUCUCAGUUUUGGAAAACAUAAGUUUGUAAUAUUCUGUCACAAUCAGGGAACUGAAAAACUAAUACUCCUAUCCCUGUUUGCUGUUUUUUUUCGUGAAGUGGUGUUUUAUUCCGACUAAAUUCCCUUCGUCUAAACAAUUUUCUUUCUCACGAAUGAUACUGCUUAACACACCAGGAACCCUAAUAAGCCAACGCCACUAGCAGAAGCUUGGCCCCAGUUUACAACAGACCAAGAAGAAUAUAUGGGACUAGGUUCCACUUUGACACUUCGGUUCAAAAUGCGUCCAGAGAAAAUGGCGCUAUGGAAUGAGCUUCUACCAAGUCUUCAAGAAAUUGCUAGGCCAUCCACAGCUACUCACAUUCCGACAAUAUCAGAAAAACAUGAGGAUGGGAAAGGUGUGUGAAAAACAAUAUUUUAAGUAUUUUAAGAGGUUGUUCAUUUUGAAAAGAUGGAAGAGAAAGAUAUCAUAUGUAUCUCAGUUCAACAAAGUCCCCAAAAAGGUAGAGUUUAUAGAUAUUGAAACAUGAAUCCAGUUGAUAAGAAGUCACACCAACUCGACAAAAAAAUGUCAAGAUAGAUAAGCCGUUUUAGUCCUAAUCUCACGCAAGUUCGGUUGAUGUGAAUUGAUUUUUUACAACUGGAAUUCUUUCCGCGCCCUGAAGGCAAGACGAAGAGAGACCCUGGGCACAAGGUUGGAUAGAUACCAUGUGGCGGUGAGCAUAACUGGCAUACUAGCUCAGGAUUGAGAGAUCCGGACUCAACCCGAGGUGGUCAUCGGGAUGUGUUCGUUAUCAAUACACAAAACCUUCAGAGCAUUUCCCUCCACCCAGGAGUGUACAUUGUUACCGACGAAUUGAUGAGGAAAAUUUUCUGGCUUGGGGUUACCAGCAUUGGAAGAACGCUCCGUCCACCAGGAGUGGCGAUGCCCUAAGUCGCUUUUGGAUAUGGCGCAUAGCAGGAGAGGUUUCGAGAGAUUCAUGAGGCUCCUGCGAAAAUUAACCUAUUUGAUCUUUGAAUUCCAGAUACACUGCUGCUUGUCCUGGCCACUCUAACUGGAGUAUUUGGUGCUGUAGCUGUGAUUUUGUUUGUUGUAUUGGUGAUCAACUGCAACAAGCGGAAAAGACGAGGACAUGACUUUGAGGAACCAUUAAAUAUGUAACUAACCUUCAUAACUAGCUUAGAAACUUAAUUUGCCAUACUAUUGCACCUAAAGCUUUCCUUUAACUCGCUUUCUUCAAAUUUAUAUACUAAGGGUGAUCCCGUGACCCACUCCAAGGGUAAGGUUAAUUUUCUCUCUUAGACCCGGUACUGGGGAUCCCAGAAGAAUCAAGAAAUAACCAGUCCUGAAUUUUCUCACGUGGAAACCACUCGUAGAGUGUAGGGUUGUUCGUAGAAGAACUAAAAAAAAGAAAAAGAAGUUAGAGAAACAAGCAAACAGCAUGUAACAUUAAUCCCGGGAAAUUACACGAAUCAUCUUGAGUACAAAAUAACUUUAGAAGGAUACAUUAAAAACAGACCAUCUGAGCCAAACAAGGGUCGAAGCUAGCUGCUCUCAUUGUUCUUUCAUUGCUUUGCGAAAGUUCAAAGUGAGGCCUUUAUUUACAAAGCUGCUGAGCAUAACUUACUCUUCUCGAAUUUUUUGGUUUUUUUUUUCCCGUCCUUUUUCCCUAAGGGGUCCUCUUCUAGCAAACAAAGUAAAACUUAGAAACGCCUUUUUCUUGAAAUCCUGUUCCUUUAAUGAUCUAUUUCCGCAGUAUCUCUAUUAUUUCUUGAGAAAUUUUUGAAAUAUGCCCCUAGAGAAACUAAGACGGGCAAUUGAGACGAGGCUUUUUCAAGAAAAGUAAACACAGAAAAAGUCCUCCAUUUCUCAAAUAUAGGGUGGCAACAUUCGAACUUUCUCGAGAAUGUCAAUAUCACUUAUUUUAGAUGUUGAAAGGCAAAACAUAAAACAUUUAAACUUUUUCUCCGAGCAAGCCAAUUCGUCUGGUAAACGCUGCUGAUCAAGGCACAGGGCACGUUCAAAAUAACAACAGAUAGCAAUCAAUUUGGGGCAUUUUUAUAUAUUUUUUAUAAAUUUUCUAUUAAAGAAAAUUUUAUCAUGAGCUCGUUUUCUCCACAUCUAUUUUGGAAAGAAUGAUAUUUUCACAUUGACCGCUGAAGAGAAAUGUUGAUUUUACUAAUGGUCGUUUGUUGUCUUAUUGGACUGAUUGGGCCAAUUCAUUGCUCAUCCC